AUGUCUUUAGUUCAAAUUACACAUCAUGACGAAUUUAUAUACAAAAUUCUUGAGAAGCCUCCUCCAGAACCACCAAAAACACCGAGGUAUGAAUCCAAAUUGGAGCGGCAGCUAAAAGAAACCAAAAUUCCUCAGUUGAAGCGAACUUUUGGAUAUGCGGAGACACCUUUGAAACCACCUGAACAAUUUUUAAAAAAAGGUGAAGGUAUUGGUCAGCAAAGUAAAAAAUCGGACCACAAAUGCUUAGCUUCUGGUAAUCUUCCACCAGUGCCGAAACGGCCGCCGCCAGGAAAGGAACCAGAGAAACCAAAAGUAAACUUUAAGGUUCUUAAUAUAAAAAAAGUUAUCAAAGCAAAAGCAAAGCCCGUGGAACCCAGGUUAGUGGAUACGAGAAACGGACAUAUUAAAAAAAUCAAAGGUUCGGGUGAAGUCCCAGAAUACUGCCUCAGGCAAGAUUUCGGGCAGGUGCCAGAGUACUUAAUGAAAAGAAAUAGAAGAAUUCAAAAACAAUUGGAAAAAAUUAAACAGGCUGAGGAGAAUAAAGAAAGCCUUUGCAAACUUAUAACUGAAGAAGAGCGAUUGAAACUUCUGGAAGAUCUAAAACACAACUGGCAACUAAUGCAAAAAGCGUUUUUACAAUUACCCAUGCUCACCGAUACGAUACCGAAAAUACUCAAAAAAACUAAAAUGGAACAGGAACUUCGGCAGUUGGAGAAAGAUAUAGCAUUAAUUGAAUCAAAUCCUUUUAUCUAUAUCUAUGAUUAG